AUGGCCGACUCGGUUGAUCGAGUAUUCGGACAUGCGCUCAACACAGUCAACAAGAUCCGCACGGGGUCGCAGAAACCACCCGUGAGCGAGCGCCUCCGCCUAUACGGCCUCUACAAACAAGCAAUGGAAGGCGAUGUCGCAUACGUCCAAGAACGCCCCACCAACGACGACAAGAAAGAGCAGGACAAAUGGGAUGCCUGGGCUGGCAACUCUGGCCUGACGCGCACACAGGCAAAGCGCCAGUACAUCGAGACCCUCAUACAUACCAUGCACGAGUACGCGAGCGCGACCCCCGAGGCCAGGGAAUUGGUCGCCGAGCUGGAGUUUGUCUGGGACCAGGUGCGGAACAAUUCGAAUCCAAGUGGCAGCUCAGAGGCUUCAAGUCCGUUGCGUGUGUUGCAUGAGCAGCGGUCUGGUUAUCCGGGUAUGGUGUCUAGCUCUGCUGCCGCAUUUGCAGAUGAUGAUGUCGCAUCGCGCCCGCUACGGAUAUUGAGUCCUGUCAGUCAAGCUGAUGAAGAUGAGUUGAAUGAAGAGCACGAGGAAGAGUUUGUCGAUGCGCCCAUAAGUCAGUACGAUGAUACCGAGGACCCGGCCCUGGACGAGGAGGAAGAAGAUGAAGACGACCAACAACCCUCUCCCUCACGGCAACCUCGCACAUCAAUAUCAAGUCCGCGCGAUGUCCGCUGGCGGAAACGGAUAGAGUCUGCCUUGGUCAAGAUGACGACCGAGGUCGCUGCAUUGCGCGAGCAGCUCGAAACGCGCAGUUUCAUAGCACAACGGAGGAAAUAUUCUUUUUUCGCUUGGGUGUUACGAGCCUCUUGGUUCCUGGUCAAGCUGAUUGCUGUCGACAUAUUCAUCCUCUGGCUUGUACUACUUUAUUUGCGCCGCAAGAAGGAUAGGAGGCUGGAAGGCGCUGUCAGAGUCUUGCUUGGUGACGCUGUCGCGCAGAUGCAAAAGGUCAGCAGUAAAGUCAAGGUACCCACCUUGACAGGGAAGAAGAUUUAG